AUGAUGAAAUAUCUGUGGUUACAUCUUUUGCUGUGUUCCGGUCUAAAAUAUGGCCAGGCUCAAGGAUUCGGUAUGAAUCUUAUCAAAGUGGCGGAGGAUGAUCCCGGUCAAAUAGUCUGCACUGUGGCAUUGUUGGAAAAAUAUUUCUAUUCAGGCGAAUCGCUGUCGGGUUCUGUUCUGCAUUUUACCCUUACUUCGGCAUCGUUACAUUUGCAGAAGUCACUGCUGAAGGCACUGCAUGCAUUACCCAAUCAUCCUUGGUCUAUUGUGGUUAGAGAUUCGCAUAAGCGGGGUAAUUCCGAUUUGCCAAAUUUCAUUUUACACGAAAAACCUCAAUGCUACUUUAUGGUCAUCAACAAUAUGGACGAUGAGGAUAUGGAUCAGAUAUUUGAAAAUUGGAAACUGAGCAUAAAUUGGAAUCCAUUGGCCCAGUUUGUGGUGUACCUUUCGUCGGUGGAAGAGACGGCCGAAGAAAUGACAGAUAUUAUGAUUGAAAUCUUAUUGAAUUUUAUGAAUAAGAAAAUCUAUAAUGUCAAUGUGAUCGGCCAGAAUGAGGAAGAGACCUAUUAUUAUGGUAAAUCGGUAUUUCCCUAUCAUCCGGAUAAUAAUUGUGGUAAUCGUGUGAUAAAUAUAGAGACUUUGGAUUUGUGUGAUUAUCAGGAUACAGAUAAAUUCGAAGAUGAUGAUGAAGAGGAGGAGGAGGCGGAUGGAGAAGAGGAGGGGGAAGGAGAUAAUAACUCCAAUGCUGAAGAGGAAACUGAAGAUGAUGAUAAUGGUGGUAAUGGAGAGGAACAUUUUACAAAAGCGGACGAUGAGAGUGGAGAUGAUGAUCAGGGUGGUAAUGAAGGAGAAACUAUUUCCAAGGGAGAAAAUCCUGAAGAUGAAGAUAAUGUCGACAAUGGAGAGACACCAGUUUCAAAUGGAGAAGAAGAGAAUCAUACAUAUACUGAAGAUGAAGUUAACACUGACAAUGGAGAGGAGAAUGUUGCAAAAAGCGAAGGAGAGAGUAAUUUGAAUACUGAAAAUGAAGAUAAUGGUGAUAAUAGAGAGGCAAAUGUAUCGAAAUAUGAAAGCAGUAAUGAAAUCACAAAGAAUGGGGAUAUGGACGAAGUGUCGGAAGAACCACAGGAAAUGUCAUCUGAAAAGUCUAAGGAUAUAACCUCAAAAAAGCCAAAAACCCAUUCCACAGAUGUUGAAGAAGAGAAUGAUACUGAAAAUAAACAAUCCAAUGAGGAUGCAGAUUUGAGUGGCGAACCUUCUUCAGAGGUACAUGGAAAUAAUAUUGAUACAAAAUCAAUUGAAGGCGUAGAAAGUCACGAAGAAAGAUCGGGAAGUCUAAGAAAGAAACAGACUUUGUUGAAAUACGAAAAUGGUAACGAAAUUAGGGAUACUGCAUUACGGUCCGAGUCCGUUGGCAAUUCUUUUGAAGAUCCUUUGGGCACCAAGUCACAUGUAGAAUCCAAUAUACAAAAUUCCCAUAACAUAAAAUCCCUGCCCCUGAAAUCUGAAGAGGAAUCGGAUAGCCCCAAAUAUUACAUAGAAGAAAUGUAUAGGGCAUUAUUUUUGGAUAAAUUUCCCAAAGAUUUGAGUGGUUGUCCUUUGGUGGCCGCCUAUCGUCCUUGGGAGCCUUUCAUUUUCAAUGAAGCCUUGCAUGAAAAGAAAUUGGAAAAUAAAAACGAAAAUCCUACUGCAGCAGGCGGCAAUGCCGAUACAGACGACUAUGCCAAUGAUGAUAAUUAUGUGGAUGAUGAUGGUGUUGUGGAUUCCGAUUAUAAGUCCUAUGAUGAUGAUGAAUCCACCUCAAAUGGUGGUGAUGCUGGUGUGGAGAUCCGUUUAAAUGGCAUCGAAUAUAAAAUGAUACAAACUAUUGCCGAGCGGCUACACAUCAGUAUUGAUAUGCAGGUGGAGAAUACAAAUGUCUAUCAUUUGUUUCAGCAACUAAUUGAUGGUGACAUUGAAAUGGUUAUAGGCGGCAUAGAUGAGGAUCCCAGCAUAAGUCAAUAUGUGUCCAGUACAAUACCCUACCUUCAGGAUGAUCUGACCUGGUGUGUGGCGAAGGCAAGACGUACCCACAAUCUCUUCAAUUUCAUGUCAAUGUUCGAUAAUGUCGCCUGGUCACUUACCGUACUGGUCAUACUUACCGCCUCUUUUGGCAUAGCCAUGUCUCUGAAGCUUCUGAAACUUCGCUUGGACAUAAUGAAAAGCUUUUUCAGCAUUAAUAUCUAUGUCAUGGGUGUGGUCUUGAGUCAGGCGAUAAAUUUGCCCCGUAUACCUACCAGUCUACAAAUUUGCUUUGGUACCACGUUCUUUAUGGGUCUGAUUUUCAGCAAUGUCUAUCAGAGUUUCCUGAUUAGCACCCUUACAACACCCAAAUCGUCCUAUCAAAUUAGUCGCAUUGAAGAGAUCUAUGCCAAUCGUAUGAAAGUCAUGGGAAGUGUUGACAAUGUGCGUCAUUUGAGUAAGGAGGGUGAGACUUUUCGCUAUGUCCGCGAACAUUUUCACAUGUGCUACAACAUUGAAGAGUGUUUGGAUCGUGCCGCCAUCGAUCACAAAUUAGCAGUGGCUGUUUCACGACAACAUUCCUUUUACAAUCCCCGUAUACCCCGUGACAAUCUCUACUGUUUCGAUCGCAACGAGAAUAUUUAUGUGUAUUUGGUGACCAUGUUAUUGCCAAAGAAGUUCCAUUUGCUGCAUAAAAUCAAUCCGGUCAUACAGCAUAUUAUCGAGUCGGGCCAUCUGCAUAAAUGGGCUCAAGAUUUGGAUAUGCGUCGUAAAAUCGUCGAAGAAAUCCAACGCGCCCAUGAGGAGCGAUUUAGAAGUUUAACUCUGGAUCAUGUCAUUGGACCGUUUGCUUUAAAUUCGAUUUUGCAAUUUUUGGCAAUGUGUGUAUUUGGUGUGGAGCUGCUAGCACAUUGGUUGGUGGUGCGUCGUCGAACACGAUUGAAGAUUGCUAAAUAUAUUCAUAGGAAAUUGCUCUAA